GGCUCCAGAGCUAGGCCGAGCAGAGCAGCGCUGCGAAGCCGAGGCCGCGCGGACUCAUUAGAGACCUGUCGCCGCCAGCGCCUUUGCUGCUGCAGCCAUCUCUUUUAUCCCUUGCCUACCUUUCGCGUCGUCUUCUUCUCUAUCGCCGUUCCGCAGCCGCAGCACCAUCGAUAAAAGCUAAGUGGUCAAUUCAGGGAUUUGGGGUUGGGAGUCCGGGCGGGCGCAAGGCGCGGGCAGCACACGCGAGCCCGCCAUCUCCUGCGGCAACCGCCACUGCUUGCAGACAGCCCGCCCGAGAGGGAGAGGAGAACACUGUCAAGAGGUCCACGCUGUCCCAGUGCCUACCGUCAGAGUUAGAACGCUUCUGGCAAGCCUUGGUGAGCGCCUUGCGCCUGUGGAAGGGAGGACGGACCGGGACUCAGAUCACGAUAAAAGAUCUUACUGGAUAGUAUUGACUUUUUGUCAGCUUAAUCGAGCAAGUCUCAACUUUGCCAGAGCCUCGUUAAAAACCCCGAGCCAUGUCGCCCCCAACUGUGCCUCCGAUGGGCGUAGAUGGCGUGUCCGCAUACCUGAUGAAGAAAAGACACACCCACAGGAAGCAGAGGCGCAAGCCUACUUUCCUCACCCGUAGGAAUAUAGUGGGCUGCCGCAUUCAACACGGCUGGAAGGAAGGCAAUGAGCCCGUGGAGCAGUGGAAGGGCACCGUGCUCGAGCAGGUUUCCGUGAAGCCCACUCUCUACAUCGUCAAAUAUGAUGGCAAGGAUAGUGUGUAUGGACUAGAACUACACCGAGAUAAGAGAGUUUUAGCGCUAGAGAUCCUUCCUGAGAGAGUGCCAGCUCCUCGCAUCGAUUCGCGCCUGGCAGAUUCCCUGAUUGGCAAAGCAGUGGGGCAUGUGUUUGAGGGUGAGCACGGUAGGAAAGAUGAAUGGAAGGGCAUGGUCCUGGCGCGAGCUCCGGUGAUGGACACUUGGUUUUAUAUCACUUACGAGAAAGAUCCGGUCCUUUAUAUGUAUACGCUGCUGGAUGACUACAAAGAUGGUGACCUGCGCAUCAUUCCAGAUUCCAACUACUACUUCCCUACAGCAGAACGAGAGCCUGGAGAAGUGGUCGACAGCCUCGUGGGCAAACAAGUGGAGCACGCCAAAGAUGACGGGUCCAAGAGAACCGGCAUUUUCAUCCAUCAAGUGGUGGCCAAGCCGUCCGUCUACUUCAUUAAGUUUGAUGAUGAUAUUCACAUUUAUGUCUAUGGUUUGGUGAAAACCCCCUAAAUUGAUUGUGCUCUUUGCAAAAGUUGUGGAACUAUUAAAUGUAAAAUAUGUCGUGUUCUCGUUAUUGUGAACUUGUGAGAACAGUUUUGGUGUCACAGAUUCAAGAAUUUAUUAUUACUUAUUGUGCCUCCAAAUCUUACAUUCACUAGUUCCACAGUUUUGCCCCAAGUGUACUUUGGUACUUUUGAUAUUGCCUUGUUCUGUAAUUGAAAAUUUAAAUUGGUGCUAAUAGAAAACUGAAAAGUGUUCGCAACCAUUGGAACAAAGAAAAACUAGAUAAAGAAAAAUUAAUGUUGUAACCCCACACCAUGUCCUUUCUCCUAUUUCCUUACCUUCCCUCUUUCUUCCCAGGUAACAAGUGUUAAGAACAUGAUGUAUACCCUUCCACGUUUUCCCCAUCCUCUUACAGAAAGUUUGUUGUGGUCAUUUCUGUAAAAAUGACAAGCCACAUUAUUUCUCUGUAAUUGCUUUUCUCACUUGGUGUAUCCAUGACAACCCUUCUGAUCAGUAGCUGCAGAUGCCUCUCCCUCUCCCUCUCCCCCUCCCCCGCCUCUCUUCUCCUUCUCCUCUCCCUCUGGGAUUUAUUUUUAUAUAUGGUAUAAGAUAGAGGUGCAACUAUACAUUUUGUUCAUAUUGGGUACCUAAUUUUGCCAUCAUAUUUAUUAAAUAAAUCACCCAUCUCCUCUCUUCCUCUCCUUCUCUUUCUCCCUCUCCUCCUCCCUCCCCAUAACAGCUGCAUACACAGUACAUGUUUAUGUACCAAAAAGAUAUUCAACCAUUCCAUUAUUGAUGGUCAUUUAAGUUAUUUCCUUUCCUUGUUGCACCAUAGCACUGCUGCAAUACAUAUUGGUGCUUUUAUAUUUAUAGGGUGGGUUCCCAGAAAUGGGAUUGCUAGGUAGAUGUAUAUUUAAUUUUAAGAGAUAUUACAUAAUUACCAUCCAAAAUGAAAGUGCUCAUUUUCCGGCAUCCCCUCCAGUACUCUUUAAUGUUUGCCAAUCUGAAGGGUGAAAAAUUACGUAAUAUUGUUUCUUUGUGACAAACUCAAUUAGGGUUCUUUUUUUACACUAUUUGAAUUUUUCUCUUUUGUGAUUUGCCAGUGUUUGUCCUUUGCUCAUUUAUCUAUUGAAUCUUUGCUCUUUUUCUUGUAGAUUUGUAGGAAUUCUUACUAUGUUUACUAUAUGAUGCAUAUUAAUCAUUUGUAGACCAUAUGUGUUAUGAUUAUUUUCCAUUCUCUUAUUAACCUUGACUUUACUGAUGGUAUCUUCUACUUUACAGAUAUUUUUUUUAAGUUUUCAGGUAGACUACCAUCUCCUUUUUAGAUUUUUGGUUUCCUCUCUUUUUCAGAUAAAUGUCCCCACCCAAGUCAUACAAAUAUUCACCUAUGUUUUUUUUCAAAAAAUUUUUAUUAAUUUUAAAGGUUAACUGAGCCAUUUGGAAUUUAUUUUCGUAUAUGGUAUACAAGGUAGAGGUCCAACUGUACAUUUUGUUCACUUUGGAUACAUGAUUAUGCUAUCACAUUUAUUAAAUAAAGCACCCAUUCUCAUGUUCCUGAGUCAGUAUCACAUUGUUUUAACUAUAGUGGCUUGAUCGUAAAUUUUGGACUCUGGUAAAGCAAGUCCCCCUCUCAUUAGCUUCUUUUCUCUUUUCUUUUUUUGUACAACUUGUC